GUGAGGGAGGGAGGUGGGAAGUACACGCGAAGAGUAGAGAAGAGAGGAGGGAGGAAGGUGUUUGUUAGGACAGGAAACGCUGGACCCUCCGCGAAAGCCUCACUCCAAAGUCAGUUGUUUUCAACUCCCGAGGAGUGAUAGUGAGAAGAGAGUGGUGGACAGAGAAAGAGAAAGCUACGGCAGAGUGAGCCACUAAGUACUGUACGCAUACCAACGACAGCGCCCUCCACCUCCCACCGCCACCACCUUUACUUCCUUCAGCUGUCACCGUUCCUCUAACAAAACCUUUGCAUCACCAGCUCUCCCAAGGUCUCAACCAAUGCUGUGUAACUGAAUAAAUAAAGUUCCAGUUCGUUUUUGGAUUCGGAUCGGGUUGGGAGAAAUGGAUCCGCAAGCGUCCUAUAAUCUGGGAUGUGAUACGGCGGCGUAUAACUUAGCGGAGAUCUGGCCGUUUCCGAUGAACAACGGUCCCGGUCCCGGUGCAAGCGCUGCGACGUCGUUUCACAAUACUAAUGACUUUGUUGCCACUAUGAGUAUGAACAUGAAUGUGAAUUCCGGUGUUAAUAGAGACCGUGAUCCGAUGGUAAUGGAGCAGGCUCCAAAUCCGACUCCCAACAGCAGUGGUGGCGGAGGAGUUAGGCGGAGAAGAGAUGACGAUGAGGCAGUUAAAGGAGUUUCAAAUAGCAGUAAUGGCAAUGCCAUGAAAGCAUGUGAUAGUAAAAAACUUAAGACAGCAGGAGCGCAUGAGAAUCGGGAAGCGGAGGCAGAAGGGGAAGCAAAUUCAGGCAAGGCAGCGGAACCAUCUCCAAAACCGGCUGAACCGCCUAAGCAAGAUUACAUCCAUGUGCGAGCGAGAAGAGGUCAAGCUACAGACAGUCAUAGUCUAGCCGAAAGGGCUAGGCGAGAGAAGAUAAGUGAGAGGAUGAAAAUUCUCCAGGACCUGGUCCCUGGUUGUAACAAGGUUAUCGGAAAAGCUCUGGUUCUUGAUGAGAUUAUCAAUUAUAUCCAAUCCUUACAGCGCCAAGUUGAGUUUCUUUCAAUGAAGCUUGAAGCAGUUAAUUCAAGAUUAAGCCCUGGAAUUGAAGGUUUUCCCUCCAAAGAUUUUGGCCAGCAGCCAUUUGAUUCAUCUGGGAUGGCCUUUGCUUCACAGGCGGUGAGGGAAUAUGCUAGAGGUACAUCACCUGAUUGGUUGCACAUGCAGAUUGGUGGUGGUUUUGAAAGAUCAUCAUGAGUAAAUAUAGUUCAGAUCAACUGGUAAUAAGAGCGUUGAGAAACCAGGCUCAUUCAUUCAGUGACCAUCAGAAGAUGUCCAUUUUUCUGGGUCAAAGAGUUAGCUUACACUCGUUUCUUCAUCAAAGCCACAGAAAUGUCGGUAGUCUCUUCGACUCCUGAAGCUUAUAUCAGAAUAUCUCCAUAACUUGGUAAACAGAGAGAAAUUGUUUAGCUUCUAUACUUCUUCUGGCGGGAUUGAUCUAUAAUGUCUGGUACAGUGUUCUUGUGAGGUUGCUUGCCCAGAACUUAUAAAGCUCGACUAAUCUGUGUCAAAUUUGUUUGAUUGAAUAUAUUAAGAAACCGAAGAUUAACUGAAUAAAUAAAAUUACAAGGAUGUAAGUGCUUGUUUCAGAAGUUCCA